AUGCAACUUAAGAACAACAAAGAUAUCGAUAUUCAAAAAAUGCAAUUUGAAAGCGACAAAGAUAUCGAUAUCGACAAAGACAUCGAUAUUCUAAAUAAACAAGUGAUUCAUGCUAAGCUUGUUUACUUUCCCAAUUCGUGCUCCUUUUCCGAACUAAUCGGUCAUUAUGGAAUCGCUGUGAAAACCGUCGAUACCUAUGACAUCUGGAUAAUUCAUAAUACUCAAAACGAGGGAACGAAAAUCGAUUCAGAAGAAAUGCUUGACAACGAUUUAUUAAAAUCCUCCGAGUGGUACUCGAUUCCUGGGUUUUCGACUAUUGAAGAUUUUUAUCAUGAUUGUGGAGGCGAAAAGAAGUUUGGUUGGUUUGGCGCUGGAUAUUGUUGGAAUUCUACGGAGAGAAUGUUGAAGCGCCGGUUUAAAAAAGAAGAUGCGGAAAAACUUAUUAAACAAUGGUCCCCUUGGAAAAAUCCAGUAAAACUAUUUCGUACCGUGCUUAGUUUUUGGUUCGGAAAGAAAUCUAUCUGCUGUGGUAAACCAAAACAGCCGUAA